GCCUCCCUGAGUCUUGGAGGACAAUGCCACCCCGUCAGUGUGUUGUUUUGGCGACGAUCUACAUUGCGCUGGGCUGCCUCCCAGCAGCUCUGGGCUGGUGCCACAAUGUCACCGCUGGAGUGCGUGGCGGCAGUGCUGGUGACGCCGGCCAGGGCUUCCUACGGCUUCGAAACAAGACGCCGGUCCCUCACACUCUCUGGGGUACGCCCGUCGUGAGCAAUCAAGGGCACGACAAACCGAACGAGUCUGUUUGCAAUCGAUGCAAUGAAUGUUCUUUUUUCGGUAGCAUGCCACUCCCCCAUUCACGGCAGGAACAUAGUGAUCCGCAGGCUCGAGGGGACCGACAACAGUGAUCUCAUCUCUGUGUACGACACCCCAGACUGGUCGGUGGAGUGCAAGUGUCGUUGUGGGCAUCACAGAGAUGCAUCCACAGAGGUCAUGAUGUCUCCCUCCGUUGUGUUGUCUCCAUGGAUACAGGUGGACGAUUGGCAACGGAGUUGCGCUCGUUGAUUUAGACCUCGACGCGGAGCUGCCGCGGAAGCUCGUCGGAUACCUGAGAGACGACAAGAAGGUGCAGUUUGAGAGGGCUAAUGACUCCAUCGUCGCGGAUGGGCGCGACUUUGACAAACCGCAGCAUGACGAUCCCUUGGCCUGGAAGGACCUUGUCGAUUCCCCGGUGCCUGAAUUUCUGGCAGCUGAAUCUCUCUGACAUUGAAC